UUACCAUCCGCCAUCUUAGCGCGGCGGCUGACAAGUUCUCCCCUCCGGGGUCAUUGGGACGCAGAGGCUGCUGAACAGACUCUCGACCAACAUGCUGUCCCGGCUGGCUCUGCACGCUGCCGGCGCUCUGGCUCCGGCGCUCAAGAAUGCGGCCCCGCUGGCUCCAGGGGUGCUUCAGGCAUCCAGAAUUUUUCACACAGCGUCUCCCCAUCUGGCUCCUUUGCCUUCUCUUCCUGAGCACGGGGGGAAAAUUCGUCAUGGGUUGAUUCCUGAGGAGUUCUUUGGGUUUAUGUAUCCUAAAACUGGAGUUACGGGUCCUUAUGUAUUGGGCACAGGGCUUAUCCUGUAUUUUCUCUCCAAAGAAAUCUAUAUUAUAACUGCUGAUACAGUUGCUGCCAUGUCAACAUUGGGGCUCUUCGUUUAUGUAGUUAAAAAAUACGGUCCCUCUAUAGCAGCUUUUGCUGAUAAACUCAGAGAGGACCAGCUGGCUCAGGCAGAAGGACUUAAACAGGCCUCCUUGAAAGGUAUCAGUGAUGCAAUUGAAUUGGAAAAGAAACAGCAAGCCCUGGUUGCUAAACGUCAUUACCUUUUUGAUGUCCAAAGGAACAACAUUGCCAUGACACUAGAAGUCUUUUACCGUGAGAGGCUGCACAAGGUGUACACAGAAGUGAAGAAUCGCCUGGACUAUCACAUCGCCAAGCAGAACAUGAUGCGACGCAAGGAGCAAGAACACAUGAUCUCAUGGGUGGAGAACCAUGUUAUGAAGAGUAUCUCUGCUCAGGAGGAAAAGGAAACAAUUACCAAGUGCAUCUCAGACCUGAAGGUACUAGCAAAGAAGGCACAAGCACAGUCAAUUCUGUAAAAACUACUUCACUUUAAGACAAAGAAAAACAGUUCACUAACAAUGUAGAAGCUGUAUUCUUUGUGACCCUCAAUAAAAAUCUUUCUCUAAA